CAUCAGUCAUCUACCAGCAAUCGUCUGAUAAGCUCCGCCUCGAGUUGCCUCUGGAAUUGCAACUUCCAAACGCCUCCACCGCCACCAUGAAGACCUUCGUCGCCAUUGCCGUUGUUGCCCUGAUCGCUGGCACUUUCGCCCUCACGAUUGACCAGAAAAAGAAGGCCGAAGGAUACGCGGCCGAGUGCGUCAAGACGACCGGUGUCCCGCCGGAGACGGCGGCCAAGCUGAAGGGGGGCGAUUUCGCCGGCGCUGACGACAAGACCAAGUGCUUCGCCAAGUGCUUCCUCGAGAAGGCCGGCUUCAUGACGGACAAGGGCGAAAUUGAUGAGAAGACCGUCAUUGAGAAGCUGUCGGUUGACCACGACCGGGCAAAGGUGGAGGGACUGGUGAAGAAGUGCAACCACAAGGAGGCCAACCCGUGCGAGACGGCCUUCAAGGCGUACCAGUGCAUCUACGCCGCUAAGGGUGCUGUCGUCUAUAACAUCCAACAUCCAUCUCAACCACAAAGUAAACUUUUUCCCACCACUUCAACCCCUAGAAUGAAGUUCUUAGUGUUUGCCUGUGUGUUAAGUGCGAUCUGCUUGGAUGCACUCGUCGAUGGAGCAGCAGCACCUCCACCGGAUCUGGAAGAUGUGAGCAAAAUUGCCAACGGCGAAGCAUUUGCGCUGGAAUGCUUGAUCGAGAGUGGACUCAAGCUGGACUCGCUGGCUGCCCUCUCGGCACAGGAGCUGGACACGAAUGGCAGCAAGAUUAAGUGCUUGGUGAAAUGUUUCUUCGAGAAAACGGGCUUCAUGAACAAGGACGGCCAGCUGCAGGAGGAAACCAUCACCGAGCAGCUGUCCAAGUUUAUGCCCCGCGAGCGCAUUGAAUCGCUCGUCAAAAACUGCAACUUUCAGGAGGCGGACGCUUGCGAGACGGCAUACAAAGUGACCGAGUGCUACUUCCAGAACAAAGCCGGACUGUUUUAAGUUCGUGCGUGCCCACCUACCAACCCAGCGGAAGCUGAUGUGAUAGCGGCCACGUGUGGCUCCAGCAAGUGCAACAUGUAGGCGAAAGGCCAUGAGAGUGACAAAAUGCUGACAAAUUUUUCAAAACGUGAGCUUUUGUCACUUUUUUGAGCUUUUGUCAAAAUUUUGUAACC